CUUGCUCCAGACGACGGACUGGAAAGCCAAGUUGUAUUCUCAAUGUUUUUUGCCUCCAUGACCGCAAAAUCCGCAGUUUAUCGACUAUGACCAUUUUGUCGGUAGAGGACUGGAGCAGCAGGUGGUGAGGACCCCAUUCAGGUUUAUCAGGAGGAACCGUCAGCCGUCAUGUUUGUCACGCUCCUGCUGCUAGUUUACGGCUGCGCCUGCGCAGACGCAGCUCAGGAUGCGUCUGCGCAGCUGCGGUUGGUGAACGCACCGUUCAGCAGGGACAUCGUGGCCAAGGAAGGAGCCGACGUAGUGAUCGAGUGCAACGUCACUGAGAGCUUCAACGAGGUCCGCUGGUUCAAUUCCAAAGGAGCUGUGGCUAGUGAAGAUGGAAGAUGGCGGAUCAGCGACUCCGGCGCUCUGAACAUCAGUGGGGUCUCCUUCAAUGACCGGGGCCGCUACACCUGUCUGGCCUCGUCAUCGGCCCUCAACUCGACCAGCAGCUACUCGGUGACGCUGCGUGUCGCUCACACCGACAGCGGCCUCGGCCUCUACUUCGUGGUGGUUUGCCUGGUGGCGUUUGUCGUCACCAUGAUCCUGAACGUGUCGCGCCUCUGCAUGGUCAGCAGCCACCUGAAGAAGACCGAGCGCGCCAUCAACGACUUCUUCCGUACCGAGGGCGCAGAGAAACUGCAGAAGGCGUUUGAGGUGGCGAAGCGGAUCCCCAUUGUCACGCAGGAGAAGACGCAGGAGCUCGCCAAAGUCACGCAGUUCAAGACCAUGGAGUUCGCUCGCCACAUGGAGGAACUCGCACGUAGCAUCCCGCUCCCGCCGCUCAUCCUCCACUGUCGCACGCACGGCGAGGAGGCUGCGGGCGAAGAGAGGCGGAGUCAGGCGGAGAAGGAGGAGGCCUCAGUGUGCCAGGCUCUGCUGUCGGCGGACGGAGGAGUCGCGGCGUCGGUUCACGCCGAGUCUGAGGAUAGUUGAGUCAAAACACUCGGUCUAUUUCUGACCCCUUCAUCGUGAAACAUUUCAGGACUCUGAAGUGCGAUGAGAUUGGGCGCAUUGAUCUGGGUUCCGGUUUGUUGCAUCGGUGGGACGAUUCUGAAAUAGUUGUGAGAUUAGAAAUUCAGAAAGUUCAAUAAAGGAAUAAACCUCCUGAU